GCGCGGGUCCUCGCCGCGUUCCUGUCAGGAACCCGGCGAGGCCUGAGGCGCUCGGGGCGGGGCGGCCGCUCGAGCGGGUGGGGCUGGCGGGAGGACCGCGCGUGUGCGGAGCUGAAGGAGCUGGCCUGACUCGGCUUUUGUUUUGGUUGUUCCCGGACCCACAGUGUUUGUGUCUAGGUGUGUCUUGCCCCCUGAGCGGCUGCAGGUUCCUUGCGAUCUUUGUCGUGAUUGGUUUUUCGAGUGACUGUGGGUCUCGGCUUCCACUCACUACCGAUUUCAAAUCAGUAUUUUAUAUCUGAAUUUCGGCACUUAAAAAAAAGUUUCUUUCUGAGAGUACAAGUCGCAAGAUUUAUGACACAAUCCAGUCUUUAACAAUGCUGAAAUCAAAUGACUCGUUUUCCUUGGAUACUUUGUUUUUUGAAAAACCAGGUGAAGCUAAAAACCAUCCAGACAAUGAAGAAUCAUUGGAUUGGUUUCUCCCACCUGCUCCAUUGAUUUCAGAAAUUCCAGAUACUCAGGCAUUGGAGGAGGAAAUAGGAAGUCAUAAACCGUUAGGUCAGGAAGAGAAGCCAAAAAUGUUACCAUCAAAUUUAAAGAUAACUAAUGAAAACACAAAUUAUAUUUCACCAACACAAAAAUUCCAGUUUGCCUUUUCCUUAAAUAAAUAUGAAGCAGGUGAUCUGAAUUUAGGAGGAGCAGGUAACGAUGACUUAUCACAUGUUCCUGGCAAGCUGACAUAUGGUAUUUAUCAGAAAUACAAAAAUCACGGUAGCACUGAAAUAAUACCUGAGAAAAGUGUUCCAGAUAAUACAAAAUUAUUUAAUUUUGCAGAAGGUAAAGGAGAGAGCAUGUCAGCCUUCCGAAAAAGGUUGUUUAAAAUAUCUGAUAAUAUACAUGAGGGUGUUAACUCUAAUGACAGUACAAACUUGGACUCUCCUGUUGGCUCAGUGAAAGUUGCCCCAACAGAAAUGAACAAAGGGGAAUCAUGGAAAUGUAGCAGUAGUAAACAGAAACAUCAAUAUUCAGACAUUAACAUGUUUACAGCAAGCAAUACUCUUUCUGCUUCUGCAAUCCGGGAAGAGAUAUUCAAAACACCAACUUUUGCAGUUGCAUCCCAGCCUCAUGAAGUUCAAGGAGUAACAGAAAAUGAUAUAGAUUCCUUGAAGGCUGUCACAGAAAUCCCGGCAAAAUUUAGAAGUGUUUUCAAGGAAUUCCCAUAUUUCAACUAUAUACAAUCCAAAGCCUUUGAUGAUCUUCUUUACACAGAUAGGAAUUUUGUGAUUUGUGCUCCAACUGGUUCUGGGAAAACUGUCGUGUUUGAACUAGCUAUAACAAGAUUAUUAAUGGAAGUCCCAUUGCCAUGGUCAAAUAUUAAAAUUGUUUACAUGGCACCAAUAAAAGCCCUGUGUAGUCAGCGUUUUGAUGAUUGGAAAGAAAAAUUUGGACCAAUAGGAUUGAAUUGUAAAGAACUCACUGGAGAUACAGUAAUGGAUGACCUAUUUGAGAUUCAGCAUGCCCAUAUUAUUAUGACAACUCCAGAAAAAUGGGAUAGCAUGACUAGAAAAUGGAGAGACAACUCUUUGGUCAAGCUGGUUAGACUCUUUCUCAUUGAUGAGGUACAUGUUAUAAAAGAUGAAAAUCGUGGACCAACUCUUGAAGUUGUAGUUAGCAGAAUGAAAACUGUACAGUCUUUAUCUCCUGCUUCUGAAAAUAGUGGCAUAAUUACUCCAAUGAGAUUUGUAGCUGUAUCUGCAACAAUUCCAAAUGCUGAGGAUAUUGCAGAAUGGCUUUCAGAUGGUGAAAGACCUGCGAUAUGCCUGAAAAUGGAUGAGAGACAUAGGCCGGUGAAACUUCGUAAAGUGGUUCUUGGAUUCCCCUGCAGAAAUAACCAAACUGAAUUUAAGUUUGAUUUAACCCUCAACUACAAAAUUGCCAGUGUUAUACAAACAUACUCUGAUCAGAAACCCGCACUUGUGUUUUGUGCAACAAGGAAAGGUGUACAACAGGCUGCUUCUGUUCUUGUGAAAGAUGCUAAAUUUAUCAUGGCUGUGGAACAGAAACAGAGGUUACAGAAGUGUGCAUAUUCCAUAAGAGAUUUGAAACUGAGAGAUAUCUUAAUACAUGGUGUUGCUUAUCAUCAUGCUGGUAUGGAGCUGUCAGAUAGAAAAUUAGUUGAAGGAGCUUUCACUGUUGGAGAUCUACCAGUUCUUUUUACUACCAGUACUUUAGCUAUGGGAGUAAAUUUGCCUGCUCACCUAGUAAUUAUAAAAUCUACGAUGCAUUAUGUUGGAGGAAUGUUUGAAGAAUACAGUGAAACAGAUAUUCUGCAGAUGAUUGGUAGAGCUGGUCGACCUCAAUUUGACACUACAGCUACUGCAGUUAUUAUGACUCGGUUAAGUACAAAAGAGAAAUAUAUUCAGAUGUUAGCUUGUAGUGACACUAUAGAAAGCAGUUUACACAGACAUCUUGUUGAACAUUUAAAUGCAGAGAUAGUGUUACAUACUAUCACAGAUGUGAAUAUUGCUUUGGAAUGGAUACGAUCAACUUUGCUUUAUAUCAGAGCCUUGAAAAAUCCAUCUCAUUAUGGUUUUGCAUCUGGAUUGAACAAAGAUGGAAUUGAAGCAAAAUUACAAGAAUUAUGUUUGAAGAAUCUGAAUGAUUUAUCAUCUCUGGACUUGAUAAGGAUGGAUGAAGAUGUUAAUUUCAAACCAACAGAGGCAGGAAGAUUGAUGGCUUGGUAUUACAUUACAUUUGAGACAGUGAAGAAAUUUUGUACCAUCAGUGGAAAGGAGACUUUAUUAGAUCUGGUCACAAUGAUAGCCAGCUGCAAGGAAUUUGUAGAUGUGCAGUUAAGGAUAAAUGAAAAGAAAACACUGAAUACUUUGAACAAAGAUCCAAAUCGGGUAACAAUCAGAUUUCCAAUGGAAGGAAGAAUUAAAACAAGAGAAAUGAAAGUAAAUUGUCUUAUUCAGGCUCAGCUAGGAUGCAUUCCAAUACAAGACUUUGCUUUGACACAAGAUACCUCAAAGAUUUUCAGAAAUGGCUCACGAAUUACAAGAUGGUUAUCAGAUUUUGUGGCUGUUCAAGAAAAGAAGUUUGCUGUACUAUUGAACAGUUUGAUUUUAGCUAAAUGUUUUAGAUGCAGACUUUGGGAAAACUCUCUACAUGUAUCCAAACAGCUGGAAAAAAUUGGUAUAACAUUGUCAAAUGCAAUGGUAAAUGCAGGUUUGACCUCCUUUAAAAAAAUAGAAGAAACAGAUGCAAGGGAACUUGAACUGAUUUUAAAUAGACACCCUCCUUUUGGAACGCAAAUAAAAGAAACAGUGAUGUAUCUGCCAAAAUAUGAACUUGAAGUGGAACAGAUCGCAAGAUAUAGUGACACCAUGGCAGAAAUAUUAGUGACCAUUACAUUAAGAAAUUUUGAACAGCUACAAACUAAAAGAACAGCACCAGAUUCUCACUAUGUUACUUUAAUCAUAGGUGAUGCAGAUAAUCAGCUGGUUUUUAAGCACAGAAUUAUGGAUUCUGUUUUGCUAAAAGCUGGAAAUUGGACUAAAAAGAUUGAUGUGAAGAGAGCUUUUAAUUCUGAAGAUCUUAGCAUAAAUCUAAUUAGUUCUGAAUAUGUUGGACUCGAUAUUCAGCAGAAAUUUUCAGUCUUUUACUUAGGCUUUACGAAGAGGCCUGAAAAUCAAAUAGUUAUGCGAAAAAAAUCAGAAACAGAGAUUUCCCAUUCUAAACAUUCAAAUAGAUCUACGAUAGCAGGACCCAAUAAAGGAAUGACUGCUUGCAAAAAACCUGGGAAUCGAGAAUGUAAUCAUCACUGUAAAAAUAAACAUACAUGUGGACAUGACUGCUGUAAAACUGGAGUUGCACAGAGGUCAGAAAUGAAAGAGCCAACAAUCUCUUCAUAUUUAUCUGAUUUAAGAAAUAGGAAUGCUGUUUCAUCACUUCCUCCUGUUAAACGUCUCAAGAUGCAAAUGAAUAAGUCUCAAAGUGUGGACCUUAAAGAAUUUUGUUUUACUCCAAAGCCUUCUCUCCCCAGUAUAUCAAGGUCAGAGUGUUUAAACAUACCUGAAUUGUCUAUAAUGGAGCAGAGGGAUCAACAUGAAAUCUGUGCAGAAUUUCAACAAGAACCAUCAGAAUAUCAAGAUAAAGAUUUCUCUAGAUGGAACUAUCCUAUAACUUCAGAUGAGAAAGCCCCUCAAACAGUGCUGUUCAACAGACAUCUUAAUGCAUCUGGAAACCAGAAUUUGAAAGAUGUGGAUAAAAGUAAUACUCCAUUCUCAAAAGUUUUGAAUGUGAACUUUGAAUUGGGAGAUGAAGUUUGGGAUGAUUUUGAUGAUGAGAACUUAUUAGAAGUUACCAGUUUUUCAGCCAGUACUGAGAAGACAAAAACAUCAGGAUUUGGAAACACUUUGAGUUCAAGUACCGAAGGAAAUAAGCUAUUCCUCCAGGAGUCAAAGAGCAAAUUCCAAGGAGAAAUGGCAAAAAGUUUUGUUUCAUCGCCUGAGAAGCCAGAUGUUUAUUUAUCAAAUUCUCCUGUGUUCAAGUUUGAUCCAUCCUCCAUGAAAAAAUCACCUCAACAAGCUGGAAAUGCAAAUAUUGUCUAUUUACAAGAAAGAGAACAACAAAGCCUGUCACCGGAAAUUGAAAGGCUGUGCUUUACUCACUCUGAAAAAAUACCAAAUUCUUCACAUUUUGUUAAGAAAGUGGAUUUCUUUAUUAGAAGCAGUGAAUGUAAAGAGGAAGUUGAUUUCAGUAGGUAUCAUCCUGAUGAUGAAGCUGAUGAAAUGAAGUCUUUUCUGGGAAUAUUUGAUGGUAUUUUCUAAAAGAAACCAAAAAAUUCAUCUCCUAUUAAUAAGAUAAGGUAUAUAGACACCCAAUUACAAAGCAUGCAUUUUAUAUUUUUAAAGUAGUUCAUAAUUGUUCAAAUGUUUUUCUCUUGAAUUUGACCAGUUUUGUUGACUUAUUUGCAACAAAUUUUUGGAUUGGUUUAUUUUCCUAUUGGAGCUUCAUGAAAAACACUUUUAUAGUGGAUUUGUUUCAGUAAGCUAAAAAUUAAAUUGCACUUAAAUGUAUCUUGAUUGGAUUUUGACAGGAACCAAUAAAAGUACAUUUUUAUAUUAAGAAAUUCUAUGAAAACAAAAUAAUGCUAGAUCAGUGGAUCAAUUUAUUGUAUGGAUUAUUCACCAAUAUUGUUUUGUUUUACUAAAGAUUUUUAAGAAUCCAGUGGCUGUCUGAACCUCUUGUUUUCUAUAACUUUAAAUAAUAAUAAAUGAAACAUUAAUCAAUAUAGAUUGUUGUUUUCCUUUGGCUUGUUUUCCAGUGUGGUGAAUUCUGAAACCUUGUUAUAUUGACUUUUACUGUGGCAAACACUAUUUCAUGUUAUUCUCCCAUGAAUUUGUUCUCAAAUUUGUUUAUAUUUAUUGGUAAGUAGUAUAGAGGCAAUCUAAGCAAUGUUUAUUAUUUAAUUUAUUUAUAGAUACAGGGGAAGUUGAAGACCAUAUAAGAAAUUUUAGGAAUUUUUCUUUAAGCGUAAGAGCCUUAGAGAUAAGAGAUGUAAAGAAGAGAAACUUCCAGACUAGGUUGUCAUUGUUGUCACUAGUAAACAUUUGUGCAGCAUCAUAUGUAUUAAACAUGGAGAAAAAGCUUAAAAUAAAAACUAAGAAGCUUUAUUAUGUGUUGAAAAAUAAGGGCAACCGUUUCUUUUUAGUCAUCUUUACAAUUGGCAUGUUUCUGCAUCUGAAUCAAUCAUGCUACAACCUUUAAAGGUUAUUAAACACCAUUAAAAUGAAAAAUUGGCUCACUACAAUCUGCUCAUCUUGCAUACAUAGACUUUGACACUAAAGAAAUAGCAAUUUAAUUCAGCAAGACUUAUUAUGAUCUGCUAAGCAAAAAGCACUGUGCUUGGUACUGCAAAGGAGGCAAAUGAUAAAACACUGUUUUUGCUCUCAUGGAGCCUACUUUACAUUCUGGUAGAGAAAAUGAGACAUAUAAUAAUGCAAUAAUAAAAUAUGGAAUACAUUAGAGAAGUGGUUCUCAAACUUCAGGAUGUAUUGCCGUCAUCUAGAGGACCUGUUUGAAAACAGAUUGUUGGGCACCAAACUCAAGGUUUCUGACUCUGUAGGUCUGGGGUGGGGCCUGUGGAGGUGCAUUUCUAACAAGUGCCCAAGUAAUACUGAUAUUGAUGGUCGGGGAUCACACCUUGAGAAUCACUGCGAUAGAGGUUUAAAAGAGCUCUUAGAGUUCAUAGGACAGUGAACAUAAUCCUGACCAUAGAGUCAGGGAAACCUUUAUAGAGAACUUAAAAUUUAAGCUGAGUCUUGAAAGAUGAAUACAAUUUUAAUGAAAAAGUAUAUGAUAGAAGGACAUUGUAACAGAGGGAAGAGCUUGAGCAAAGCUCC